CCCUCUCUCUCCGCUCACUAUCAGCUCUCAGCUCUCAGCUCUCGUUCUCUCGGUCUCGGUGCCGCGCGCACAGUCUCGCUUCGCUCUCCAACCGCAUUCCUCCCUCGAAUCGCCGUCUCCCUCCAUCUUUCCCCCUCAAUGUCGCGCCGUGGCGGCCGCGGUGGCCGCGCGGGAGGCAGGCGAUCGGACGCUAGCGGCGAUCAGCCGGCCCCGUCGUUUCAGCGCGGCGGCGGAGGAAGAGGAGGUGGCGGUGGUGCCGGCAGGGGCCGCGGUUACGCCGGCGCUGUCGGUGGUCCCGGUCAGCGUCCGGCUCCGGCUCCGGCUCCUGCUCCUUCACCGGUUCCGCCGGCUGUUGCUGCUGGGCGUCCCGCACCGGCUUCUAGUGUUGCAGCCGCCUCUCCUGGAGCGUCUACCUCGGCGGCGGCGGCUCCGGCGGCGGCUCCGGCUCCGGCUCCGGCUCCUCCCCCCGUGGCGCCGGCUCCGGAUGUUCCUCUGAGCGGCGAGCUCGAGCGGCGGCUCACAUUACAGGCUCCGGCGCCACCGCCCCUCUCGUCGAAGGGGAUCAGAUUCCCGCAGAGGCCGGGCUUCGGAAAGGCCGGGAGGAAGUGCGUGGUUCGAGCGAACCACUUUCUAGUCCAAGUAGCCGACCAGGAUUUUCACCACUACGACGUAUCUAUUGAUCCAGUGAUUGCUUCCAAGAAAACUAAUAGGGAGAUAUUAGCUGUUCUUGUCAAAGAGUAUUGGGAGACUCAUUUAGGUAGAAGGAGGCCGGCCUAUGAUGGUAGAAAAAGUCUUUACACAGCAGGACCAUUGCCUUUCGACAACAAGGUGUUUUCUGUAAAAUUGGUAGAAAAUAAUGAAGCUUCCGGGAGUUCUUCUCAAUCGAGAAGGAAGGAUCGUGAAUUCAAGGUGACUAUAUCGCUGGUCGCUAAAACUGAUCUUCAUCAUCUUCAGCAGUUUAUUCAGGGUAGACAAUUGGAUUGUCCGCAGGAGAUAAUACAAGUUCUUGACGUGGUCCUUAGAGCCUCUCCAUCUGAAAAGUAUGCUGUUGUUGGACGAUCAUUUUUCUCACCUGAUUUAGGGCUCAAAGGUGACCUUGGUGAGGGUUUAGAAUACUGGAGGGGAUAUUACCAGUCUAUAAGACCUACACAGUUUGGGCUCUCACUGAAUAUAGAUGUGUCGGCUAGAGCUUUCUAUGAGCCAAUUCUGGUUUCUGAUUUUGUUGCAAAACACUUCCACCGUCGAGAUCUGUCAAGGCCAUUGUCGGAUCCAGACCGUAUUAAGGUGAAGAAGGCUUUGAAGGGAAUUAGGGUGGAAAUCACUCAUAGAGAAUAUCGGAGAAGUUACAAGAUUACUGGAGUGUCAAAUAAGCCAAUGAUGCACACCACGUUUUUGCUUGAUGAGGGCGAAGAGAAGUCAGUUGUUGUUUACUUCCGGGACAAAUACAAUAUUGAUUUGCAAUAUAAAUCAAUGCCCGCGCUACUAGCUGGAAGUGACACGAAGCCUGUCUUCUUACCAAUGGAGCUUUGUAGAAUUGUUGAUGGGCAGAGGUACACUAAAAAAUUGAAUGAACGGCAAGUAACUGCUCUGUUAAGGGCGACUUGCCAACGCCCUUAUGACAGGGAAAUGAGUAUCAGGCAGAUGGUUGAUGGGAAUAAAUAUGAUGAUGAACUCCUCCUAACGACAGAAUUUGGGAUGUCAGUGGGAAAGGAACUUGCUUCCAUUGAGGCUCGUGUCUUGCCACCCCCAAUGCUUAAGUAUCAUGAAACUGGUCGAGAUGCAACGGUUGGUCCGCUUAUGGGACAGUGGAAUAUGAUUAACAAGAAAAUGAUCAACGGAGGUAAAGUGGAUGCCUGGACCUGUGUAAACUUCUCAAGAUUGAAUGGAAAUAUGACUCGUCAAUUUUGUGACGAGUUGGUCAAGAUGUGUAUUAGUAAAGGGAUGGCUUUUAACCCACCUCUACUCCCUAUACGUGAUGGUCAACCCCACCAGAUUGAAAGAGUCCUUGCAGAUAUUAAUAGAGAAUCUCGGGCAAGCCUUGCAAACUCGAAUCUACCUCGCAAAGAACUUCAGCUGUUAGUAAUUAUCUUACCGGACAUGACUGGAUCUUAUGGAAAGAUAAAAAGAAUAUGUGAAACUGAAUUGGGAAUUGUCUCACAGUGUUGCCAACCUAGACAAGCUGCAAAAAUGAGCAAGCAAUAUUUUGAAAAUCUUGCACUGAAAAUUAAUGUCAAGGUUGGUGGAAGGAAUACUGUUCUGAAUGAUGCCAUCCUGAGAAGAAUCCCUCUCAUCACUGAUUUGCCAACCAUAAUUUUUGGGGCUGAUGUAACACACCCGCAACCUGGAGAUGAUACUAAUCCAUCCAUAGCAGCUGUGGUAGCUUCCAUGGACUGGCCGGAGGUGACAAAAUAUAGAGGUCUUGUUUCUGCUCAAACUCACCGACAGGAAAUCAUUAAUGAUUUGUACAUCCAGAAACAGACCUCAGAGGGGAAAGCUGGAGGAAUGAUCAGGGAACUGCUUAUUGCCUUUAGAAGAUCUACUGGGCAUAAACCUCAUAGGAUAAUAUUUUAUAGGGAUGGGGUGAGUGAAGGUCAAUUCUCUCAAGUUCUUCUUUAUGAAAUGGAUGCGAUUCGCAAGGCUUGUGCCUCACUUGAAGAGGGUUAUUUGCCACGAGUUACUUUCGUUGUGGUGCAAAAGAGGCACCACACACGCCUCUUUCCUGAGAAUUAUAACAGACGUGAUUCAAUGGACAGGAGCGGCAAUAUACUACCUGGUACUGUUGUCGAUACUCACAUCUGCCACCCCACUGAAUUUGAUUUUUACCUCAAUAGCCAUGCUGGGAUUCAGGGUACUAGUAGACCAUCUCACUAUCAUGUAUUACUUGAUGAGAACAAAUUUACUGCCGAUGCUCUCCAAACCCUCACGAACAAUUUGUGCUACACAUAUGCUCGAUGUACACGCUCGGUGUCAAUAGUGCCUCCUGCUUAUUAUGCGCAUUUAGCAGCCUUUCGAGCGAGGUAUUACAUAGAGGGGGACGGGUCGGAUACUGGGUCAUCAGGAGGAGGAGGAAGGGGCACCAAGGAGGGGACUGCUGUCGAGAUUCGGGCACUUCCUUCCAUCAAAGAUAAUGUCAAAGAUGUAAUGUUUUAUUGCUGAUGCGUUGCGCACUAAGGAGGGAUCGCACUGUUUUACUGGAAAUAUACUCAGCGUCACUUCACGCGACAUACAUUUUGGGUUUUGAUUCAUGUGAAAACAAGCACUAGACUCAGUUAGGAACUGGUGGGACCGCUUAGGCAAUUGUCAGGUUUCGUGUUAAGACACCUUUUGAUGUUCGGUAUCGCUUUUGGUGCGGAUGUUAAUAUUGACAGCACCUCACAUACUCCCAAUGAGGUUUACUUGAUUGUGCAGAAGAAAGCUGCGUGUGCAAGAAAGUUCACAUAUGCAGUUGAUGAUGUUCCUAAGUAGAACCGAUGACAGAUUUCCUUC